UAGUUUGCCCGGAUUCCAUAGCUUCAAACCUCCGAUGGCCAGCACAUCUUGAGUACCUUCUUCUUCCGAGAGUCGGGUAGAAGCAAUCUGAAGUUCAGAUCUGCAACAUUCGGAGAUUCAUAAGCACAGAGUUUGUGAUGAUAACUAUGUCUCCUCGAGAACCAUAGAUCUCUUCUUCAGAACGCAUCUGGUGUGCAUCUAGAAGGCAGUAUCUGUCGUCCUUACUCUUCAAGAGUGGUAUCAGCUAUUUGGAGAGGACUGUAGUGACUCCUUCAGCUAUCUAGAAUCUGUACUUCAUUAACAUUUUCUCUACAUCCAGCGUUGCAAAAUAUAUAUGAAUUGCGUUUCCAAACAUGGAUUCCGCUCAAGAAGGAGAUCCGUGCUGUCCUGUCAGCAUGAAGAAGAAUUUCGAAGCAUGGGACGACGUUAUCCUUAUUCUUACGAUCUUAGUCGUAUGGAUUAUUCUUUCUGUAUGGUGGUUUCGUCGGAUGUGUGCUUACUACUGCAGGCAACGCACCUCCGCACGUCCACAGGUGAGAGAUUCAUACAGCCAGACGGCCUCAGAUGAUGGGGCUGUGAUGACGAACUCAGAUGCUGAAGAUGCGAGUAGAAAGCUCUUCCAGAAUUACAUUACGCUAGUAUGAAUAUGGAGUCGCCGUCAAUGGUGCUUGAAAGACGCUAAAGCUACAUGUGAGUAAAAACUACAUGAACGAUGAUGAUGAAAUUUGAAAAUGCUGGAUGUGGACUCAACCAUUUGAAUGAAAACGUCAGCGCUAAUGCUUAAGUUUAUUUUAUACGGUUUUUGAUUGUUACAGAAUACACAUACACAUGCGUCGUGUCUGAAACGAUUUAGGGUUUGAAACGAUUUGCUCGAUUUGUUCUGAAACGAUUUAGGGCAAAUGGUUUAUGAAACGAUUUGCAGUGACAAGCUGCAUUAGCUGUGGAAGUUGAAAUAGUCAGUUAGACAUCUCAUAUUUCAAACAGACUUUUCACUGACUUAGAGGUUAGAAAGCUAGUUCAGCCACACUUGAAUAUAAAUUGACUGGCAGUAAAGAAGAGUCGUUGGCGUAUAAUAAAAGAGCUAUACAAUUACAUUACAUCUUGUCUUCU